CAAAAAUUGGCGGAUCACGUUGGCAAACCAUGACGUUUUUAGGGUUUAGCAGCUGAUAAUUAGGGUUUUACCGCCCAUCCAAUUCAAGAAGAGUGUUACAAUGUCUGAAGCAGAAGCAGAGGCAGGUUCCAUGGCUUCUGUGGUUGCUUCCCUAUCCAAAAGCUUCUAUCAGGUGCCUCUGCCUGCGGUUCCUCCAAUGCUGGAUUGCAUUAUGGUGUCUACUGGUUUGUCUCCCUUGUCACUCUUCGCUUCCCUUCUCAAUGAUUUCCCUCGAACUCUCAAGGAUCUUAUCAAGGAAGGUGAUGAUCUUGAUGCUGAUAAACGCCCCUACCUUGUGUCGCUGGUGGGCGCGUUUUGCCAUCUUUUGAAGAAAACGGGGACUGGUUGUGAUGCUGUAGGAUUGUUUGUGCGGAGAUGUUUUCUUCCUUUAGCUAAGGUGCUACGACCCUUGCAGCUUGACUUACUUAAUCAGAUCACAGAAUCGUUAAUCGGCGUAGUGAUUGAAACUUGCACGUGGGAAAUUCUUGAAGAAAAUUUGGUGCCAAUUUUCUUAAAAUCAGUUGGUCUUUCCAUGGGUAUGCUUCAUAAUGAUGAUUUGGACUUUUAUGAAUGGAGUACCGAUUCAUCUCAUCAAGACUUGAAUGAUGUCAUGAUUGAUCCACUGAUGGAUAAGGAGGUGUUUCUGUGUCGGUCAAAUAGUUUCGAAUUGUCAACAUCAUGCAAUGUUCUGUCUGUAAUUCUGGAAGCUGCCCUUCAGUACAUGCUAACAGAUACAAUCUCUAAAUCAGUGGAAAGAAAAGGGUGCAUUGAGGAUAAUUUUGUUCAAGUUUUGAUUUGGGAACUAUGCAAUUUGAUUGAACGGAUGCUUUUACAUAGUCCCGAGCACAGGUCUUGUGCAGUGGGCCUGCUGCUUCCUAUCAUUGUUAAAGCAUUACCUGCCAUUUACUCAUUUGAAAUCUCAAUUCAUGGGCAGAGACAUGAGUUUUCUCGGGACUAUUUCUUCAUCAAAAUAUGGAGCUGCUGCAGAACACUGUUUUCAAUUGGACCUUUAGAGAGAAGAGAGGCAUAUAAUAUUCUAUCAUUGUAUUUCUCUUUUUCCUGGUCCAUAGAAGAAUGUGAACGUGAUGAUCGUGAUACAGUCGUUAUAACUGAAGAAUUUGACAUAAGAGCAGAAAAAGAGUUCUGGAAUGAAAUAAAAAUAGGGCUGGUUGACAAGGAGAGUAUAGUGAGGAAACAGAGUUUACAUGUAUUGAAGAUGGCUCUCAAUAUACAAGGAGGAACAGAUUCUGUGCCUAGCAUUUCAAAAAAGAAUACAAAUGAAAAGCAUCAUGGUGUGACAAAGAGGGAAAAAUGGGCUUACAAGGAAGCCAAGUCACUUGGCGUUGGUAACCUUUUGAUGAUACACGACCUGAUUAUUAACAACAAGCAGUAUUGGGACGCAUUUGUGCUUUUGUAUGAAAUGCUCGAAGAAUAUGGUACUCAUUUAGUUGAAGCAGCCUGGAAUCAUCAGGUGUUUAGUCAUGUGUUCAAAUCUUUUUAUCAUGUUUAUCUUUGUUGAAAUUAUAUAGGUUAGGGUAUUGGUGGGGGGAAUGAGAGAACAGAUUCAGAUGAAACAACAUAGUAUUGAUAUCUAGUGUGAAGCAAUUUCUUACUGCCUAUGAAUCACAAUUCACUUCUUCUAUUUAUACUAAUACACAACUUCUAAUCUUAAUUGAAUAUUGAAAUGAAUCAUAAUGUAUGGUAAAAUAUGAAAGAUAUUGAUAGGUAACAACUCCGACAGAGACAACAAGAACACCCAAAGGGAAAGAAAGAGUAUGAAAAAUGUUAUUACGUGCUGUGAAA